AUGACCGUUCCAGGCGGCGUUGACACGCCAACUUGGAAAGGCUCGUGCCGCGAUGAGAAUCGAGCGCGGAUCGCCCCUCUCGAGGUCGGCAGUGCUGGUCGCCGCGUGGGCUGCGUGCCUCGUAGCCGCUCUCGCGCUCCACUCGCCGCUCUCUCAGGUGCCCUUGCUCCCGUGCCCCCGUUGCUCCCGUGCCUCCCUUGCCCGUGUGCCUUACCCGCCUGCCUCUCUUGCCGCUCCCGCGCGUGCCGUCAAUUGCCUUGCCUCCUCCCGGCGCUCUUUCACCCGCCUUCCAUCCACCUUCCCUCAUCCACCUCGCCUUUCCUAUCCACUUUUCCCGUACUUCUCGCGUCCCACCCUCUCCCGCUCCCCGGCCCCACACCCCUCUCUCCCCAUUCCCUCCCACCGCACGUAACCGCGGCAGUCCGCGGAGGCCCUUCCGCCCCCAUGGGCGCCAGCCGCGGCGGACGGGAGCGCGGAUGGGGAAGCACACUGGGUCAGGGCGUGGUUGGUGACAACAACAGGAUGAUGCAUAUACUGCAAGAUUUCCAUGUGAGGGACGUGUUCAGGGAGUUUAAUCCGGAUGAGCGGCAGUUUACCUUCUACUGUGGGUCGGUGAAAGUCAGCUCACGUAUUGAGAGGGUGCUGGUCUCGCAAGCGCUGUUGCAUCUUGUUGCCAGAGUGGCUCAUCGGCAGAUCCCGAAGGGGAUCACCGAUCAUUUGAGCGGGGUCUGUGUGCGGCUGGUGUGGAGAGGCGCGCAUGAGCCCGGGCCGGGUGUCUGGCGCUUUCCGGCGAGGUUGGCGAAGCGUCCAGGGGUUAAAGCGGCGGUAGCGGAGGUGGUCCAGAGACAUGAAGCCGAGGGGGGUGCUGAUUUCGACAAGUUAUCCAGGCGCCUGGGUGCCCGUCUGCGGAAGUACGACAAGGAGGAGAGAGGGCGGGUCAAAAGAACACGGCAAACAUUGGAACGGAGGCGAUGCUGGAAAGGUACUGGGAGGGGCGAGGGGAGAAGAAUUGGGGAAGAGGCGGCGAGUGGAGAGUGUGGAGCGGGAGGAGUGAGGCCGACGGGAGUGAGGCGAGGAGAGGCAGAGGCAGGGGGCGAGCUCCCGGCAGUAGGCAGACGGCUGCUGGCGGCUGUGGUAGUGGGCGAGGGAGGUGAGGCGGGUGAUGGGGCAUUGGGGCAGGCGGAGGGCAAAGGGGAACUGGGUCAGGCGGAAAGCAAGGGGGGUGAGGGGGGAAGCGAGGUGGAGGGGCAGAGUGAGGCAGAGAGAGCGGUGGGGAAGGAGGGGGGUGGGCUGGGUGAUGGCCAUGCAGGUGGUUCAGAGGGGUCAGAUUUGGAGGAGGAGGGCGGGGCAGAGGAGACGGAGGAGGGGGGGGGAGAGGAGGAGGAGGAGGAGGGAGAGGGUAUAGAGGGCAAUGAGGCAGACGGUGGGUUGGAGGAAGGGGAGAGCAAGGCAUGGCCGGAGGGCAGCACAGAAGGGGGUGGGUGGAGGGAUGCGAGGGAGAGUGUGGAGGUAGCAGCAGCAUUGGGGGAAGCAGCGCUGCCCCUUCCCUCCCUGCAGGUAAAUUCCAAGCCCGCCCACCUGUGGCGGGUGGCGGUGUGUCUGGUGGGCGGCGCGCGCGACUUUGAGCUCACAGGCCCGUCCAUCGUGCAGCGCCUGCUGCUGCCGCUGCUGCCGCACCGCCCCGUGCUCUUCCUGCACGCGCCUCUCGACCACGCCUCCUUCAAGCUCUGGCCGCUGCUCUGGGCCGCGCGGCGCGGCGUGGCGGUGGGGGCGGUGAGGGUGUUCCCCAGCACGUGGGUGAAUGAGAGCGCCCUGCCGGAAAGGGUUGUGGAAGACCCCUCCUCGCCACACGGCACUCAGUGCGGCGUGGCGGUGGGGGCGGUGCGGGCGUUCCCCAGCACGUGGGUGAAUGAGAGCGCCCUGCCGCCCGGCCUCGUGGAGGACCCGUCCUCGCCUCACGGCACACAGGGCAUGCUGCAGUACUUCUGCCUGGUGGAGGGGUGCAUCCCCCUCAUCCACGCCUACGAGCGCCGCCACGCCAUCACCUUCGACUGGCUGCUGCGCACACGGGUCGACACCUUCUGGCACCGCCCCCUGCCGCCCCUCGCCGCCUUCCCCCCCCACGCCUACACCAUCCCCUUCGGCUCCGACUGCUUCGGCCUGAAUGACCGCUUUGGCCUCGGCACGUGGCACACGGCCCUGCCUGCGCUCUCACGCCUCUCCAUGCUGCCUGCCAUUGCUGCGGGCGGCGCGUUUCGGCAGUUUUCCAUGCAGGGCGUGGGCGGGCUGGGGCAGGAGGCGAGCAACUCGCAUGCCAUCCCCGUGGAGGUACCAACAGGGCUGAACUCAGAGCAGGCGUUCAAGGCGCAGCUGGCGCUGGCGGGGGUGGCAGUGGCGCGCGCAGACCUGUCGUUCUGUGUGGUGAGCCGGCGAGUGUACCGCCACCACUCCAUGCCCGUGCUCUCCCUCAACACCUCCACGCCCCUCAACGGUGCCAAGUGCCGCCCCUGCUACCCCAAGAUCAAGGGUGCCGAGGCCAAUCUGCGCAUCCGCCAGUGGUACCUGGAGGGCUCGCGCUUCGGCCCGCACCGCUCGCCGUCGUUCGCCAACCGCACCGACUUUGCGCUGUGCGACGCCGCCAAGCCAUGGCCCGCGCCCCACGUGGCGGCCGCCCUGUUUGACGCCGCUGCCGGGCCACGCCUGGCGAGGGAGCGCCACUCCAUCAUGCAUGUCACCCUUCAGGGCUGCGCACGCAACUUCAGGAAGCUGCGGCGGCAUGCGGAGGAGUGGCAGGCGCCAGCAGAGGCGGUGCUGUGCUUCCGGUCACAGCUGGGGGAGCUUCACCUGCUGGGCCCGCCUGGCCACUGCUUCUACACCGCGCUGCACAGGGUCAACCGCACCAGGUGCACGCUCCUGCAUGCUGCACUCAUGCACUCCCUGUACGCUGCAUUCACGCACUCCCUAUCACCGCGUGCUCUCCUCACAGUCGCCAGCGCCGACCACAGUGGUCUUUCUCUCCAUCGGCCCGCUCCUGCCCCUCUGCGACUUGCCCUCACCCGUGCCUGUGCCUGCUCUUACCCCACAUUGCCCGCCAGCCUGGUCAUGACAACCACUCCAAGAGCUGCCCAUGCAAAGGGCUCGUGGGAGUGGAGCAUGCGGCGCCACGCACAUGGCCUGCAGGUCACCGCGCUCUCUGCUGGCCCCACACAUGCCUCCUCCAUCGCCCACACACUCAAGGUGCCCACCGCUGCUGCCCUGCUUUCCAUGCUCUUCCUGGCUGUCCCGUGA